CCUCGUCAGAUGAACUCAAGAGACUGAUGAUGCUUCAUGGGGGCACGUACGAGACCUAUCUGUACCGGACCAGGGUCACACACGUGAUUGCCACCAACCUUCCAGACAGCAAGGUCAAGGAGAUCCGAGGUCUCAAGGUCGUCACACCGGAAUGGAUUACUGACAGCAUUGCUGCUGGGAAGCUGUUAUCUUACACCAAGUACCAACUGUACACUGCCCAGUCUGGUUUGCAGAAGGGUUUGCAAUCAUUUUCUGUGCAGAUUGAUGCUGAGAAAAGCAUCCAGUCAACACCAAAUCAGAGUUCUGCUUUUCUUGGGGAAUCCUUGACCAGACCACUGGCUAACCAGUCUAAAGGUUCUGUUCCAAGAGACCAGUCCACAGGAAGUGGCCCACUGUCGAUGGCAGACACGGAUGACACAUCAACCAGUCUACCAUGUAGAGAUGACUCAGAGACACAAUACUUUGAGACUGGACUUUCCCCCAAAGAGGAAUUCUCUGAGAAUUUGAAAGACUUUAGUGGAAUGGAAACCAGUCUGCAGCAUAAUGGGCCAGCAGAGAAUUUCCAUGCAAAGGCACAGUCCAGAUCCCCUGCAAAAGCUGGUGACCCAAAGUUCCUUAGCGAAUAUUAUGGGAAUUCGAGACUCCAUUUUCUAUCCACAUGGAAAGCAGAAUUCAAAGAAUAUAUAAAUGCGAUUCAAAAGAAGGGAGAUAAUUUUCCAGGGAGGGAAAAACUUAGGCAUGUUGUGCAAUCAAGGGAGGCAAACGCUUCCCAGUCUGAGCACAGCCACUUCACUUAUGUGAAGAAAUCUCAUGAACGGUGCAUUAUGCAUAUUGACAUGGAUUGCUUUUUCGUUUCCGUUGGUCUUCUUAAAAGACCAGACCUUAUUGGGAAGCCUGUGGCAGUGACACAUUCUCUGGGUAAAGGGGCCACGGUUGAUCCAAGGUCAGAUCUGGGGUUUGAAAGGAGGGAGUGGGCAAAAAAUGUGUCCAAUCAGAAGAGAGAAAAAUCUGGUUUGAAUGCUAAGAUGGACAGUUUAAAUGAAGAGAACAUGAGCUUCCCUGACCAAUCAGAAUCUGACACUGAUGAUGAUGUCACUGAUGAUGUCACAGAUGUCAGCAACUUCUCCAGGACAUCUGAAUCAUUUCACUCCAUGGCAGAAUUAGCAUCCUGCAGCUAUGAAGCAAGAAAAGCUGGUGUGAAAAACGGCAUGUUCAUGGGACGGGCUAGACAGUUGUGCCCAGACCUGGUCACCAUUCCGUAUGACUUUGAGGGCUACAAUACAGUCUCCAGAGUGCUGUACGACACUGUGGCUAGUUUUACCCACGACAUUGAGGCGGUGAGCUGUGAUGAGAUGUUGGUCGACUGCACUGACGUUCUGGCCGACACAGGGGCCAUGCCUCUUGAGUUUGCUGCAAUGGUCAGGGAAGAAAUCUACAAGAAAACUGGCUGCUGUGCAUCCGCUGGGCUGGGUUCAAGCAUCCUGUUAGCCAGGCUGGCCACUCGUAAGGCCAAGCCCAAUGGUCAGUUUCACUUGACCCCUGCCCUUGUGGGAGAGUACAUCAAGGACCAAUCAGUCAGGGACAUCCCAGGUGUGGGUUGGUCGCUAGCCAGGAGAUUUGAGGCGAUGAAAGUGACAACCUGCGGAGACUUGCAGAGGUUCAGUCUUGAUGCUCUUCAAAAGGACUUUGGCCCCAAAACCGGUCAAUCGCUGUUCAAGUAUUGCAGAGGUCAGGAUGACCGACCAAUCAAAAUUGAGCAGCAGAGGAAGUCUGUAUCGGCAGAAGUGAAUUAUGGGAUCAGAUUUACCACGAGUGCUGAGGCAGAGAAGUUCAUGCAGGAUCUAUCUGAGGAAGUUACCUCUAGACUGCGCAACAUUCGCAUGAAGGGGAAGACAAUCACCCUAAAACUCAUGGUGCGGAGGCCUGACGCCCCAAAGGAGACAUCAAAGUUCAUGGGACAUGGAAUUUGUAACAACAUAUCCAAGUCUAUCACAUUACCCCUGGCAACAGAUGAUGCCAAGAUUGUCACCAAAGAAUCUUUGGGACUGCUCAAGCAGCAGAAAGUGGCACCAGAGGACCUUAGGGGGAUUGGGAUACAGAUUAAUAAGUUGGAGCCAGUCAGUAUGGGCAUGUCUGGAAAGUCCACAUCCACUACUAGCAUUCUAAACUUCACCGUGAACAAGGCGCUAGCUAGUGACACUACCUUGGCUGCCUUCAAUACCAGCCGAGUCCAGGGGGACAUGAAGUCACCUGGUAAAGCAGCCAGCAUUAAAGGGAAAGAGAAUGUAACGCACAGCAGUCAUAUAGGUGGAGUGAGUUAUUGUGUUGAUAUUCAGCAAAAUUAUGAAGGUGUUAAGAGUAACGGUGUUAAAUUUGUGACAAGUCCUGAAGAAGAUUUCGGGAAAAGCCGCAGUGCUAUUGGGCAAGUUUUACCUGGGAAUAACACAAAAACUGAGGAUUUUGACUUUAAUCAUGUUUACAACGUAUUAAAAAAUAAAUCUGCUGAUGUAAUAAACACUUUUGCAAAUGACCAGAAAAAUGAUGAGAACUCUAUAAAAGAAGCCUUAAAUAAGGAUGAUGCCUGGUAUGCCAAUUCAGAAGACGAGGAUUUGUUCAACUCACCAGAGCAGAAUUCAGAAGAUAGGCUCAGACUCCAGCACUCGCCUCAGGCAUACAGUGUGCCAGAGAGCUCUGUGCUGACAGAGUUGGGCAGGAGGCAGACUGACCAGGAUAUGUUACCUCCUUUACCCUGUCUCCCUGAAGUGAACACACCAGAAAGUGGCAAGAAAUCAUCAAGGACAGUGACAAGGCAGUCCAGAUUAUCACCAGUAGUGGAUUUCUUCCCUUCUCCCUCUCAGGUUGACCAAGAUGUUUUGAAUGAGCUUCCAGUAGAGAUACGACAACAGAUUGAGAAGGAAAUCGCUAGCAGAAAGAAGACCUCAUCUAAAUGUACACUCAGACGAUCCCAAGAACAAGGUAGCUCCAGAUUGCAACAGGAUCAAGAUCAAAGAAGUGCUCUUUUUCCUCACUUUGAAAGUGACGAUGGUCUAGAUGCUGAAGAUCUGAUUGCAUAUCAGCAUUCUAAAGGUGGUAAUUCUGAACCACCAAAGGGAGGUUACCUGUCACCAGCUAAGGGCAGCAAAUCUACUAGAAAUAGGUCAAACUCUGGGGAUCCAAUUGUGGCUCUUCCUUCACCCUCCCAGCUAGAUCCCAGUUGUCUGGAUGCUUUGCCAGAGAGUCUCCAAGCAGAGCUGAGAGAGGCAUACGCCAGACAGAAUGCUCAUGGAAAUCUAACAAACAGGGGAGGUAACCAACACCAGUCUCCAACUAAGGGAGUUAACUUUCUCAGCCUUAGACAAGCAUCACCCACAACUUCUCCAAAUAAGAGGUCCCCAAACAAGAGAAGUCCUCAGUUCAAAAUACCUAGGGGUAGACCUGCAGGACGGGGCAGAAAAAAGGGAACCCGCUCAAAGAAAACACUGUUCAGGGACCAAAAAAGGGGCCAGUCAAUCAAGAGAGAAGAAUCAAGUGCAAGGUCUGAUGCCACUACUGUUGAAGUUCUGGAAACAGAUGUGAUUCAAAUAGAUGAUUUCAAGGAUGAGAUGACAGUGAUUACCGGUACAGACAUCGGUGAUGCCGAGGCUACCAGGGCUUCUACAUCUAGUACAAGUGGCCCCAUGGACUCUGUAGAGACAAUAACUGAUGUCAGCAGAGACAGUGCAUCUGUUGGUGUGAACCUGUGUGGGGCUGUGUCCAUACAUAAUGUGAGAAUACUUCUGAGGGAAUGGAUCUCAUCCACGCCCGCCCCACAGGCAGAAGAUGAAGAGGUCCUUAUCAGCUACCUACAGGACCUUGUCAUGGACAAGAAUCUAGAGCAGGUGGACCUUGUGUUGAAGUUCAUGGCCAGGAACUUAAAGCAACAGGAGAAUGACAACUGGUUAACAUCACUUCAUCGAAUUUUCACUCAAACACAGGCAUUGGUUUUCCAUCUCUAUGGAAGCCGACUUGCAUCAAUCAGCGUAUAGGACAUUGGUAAUCCACAUUUACAAAGUCUGUGUAAAAUAUUUAACAAGGACAAUAGCUGUAAAGGACAUCAUCGUAAAACAUCAGCCAACUUGUAUUAAGAAACAUAUAACCUCUGCAGAAAAUAUGGUGUACUGAAUUUAUUGAGUUGUUAAAUAUCUGUGAUAUGUAUGAAAGUACGGUGUUGUUGUAAUAAACUAAAAAAAUAG